CUAACCAGCUAAGUGGCUGUCAUUAGCCUUUGUACAAAUUAUUUUGCCUGCCAACUGAGGCUUUUUAGCUGGAAAGCCUGUUACGUUAGACGUCUGCCCUAUGGGAGCUGUCUCACCACGCUGCCGGGGAAACAUUUUGAGUUGCAAUUCAGCUGGUUCCCAUCCUUCAACCUGUCCGGCUUUCUUGAAACUACCAGGUAGAAUAUAGCCCCAGCAAGCACACCCUUUCUGGUCCUUGAAGAACUUAAGGGUCUCUACCACGGCAACACUCGCCAACUGCAUAAAACAUUCUUCUGCGACGACAAGAUGGCCGCCGAGCACGUAUUUAAAGUCCUAUUCUUUAUUCAGUCCGCAGCCUUCAUCCUAUUUAUUAUAAAUAACUCUCAAAGCCCUCCUGUUAUGCCUAAACCUGCCAAGAACCUAACAGUCCAGAAACCUUGUGACUGUGAAAUAAGUUAUACCAGGGAGGUCUUCCAAACAGCAUCUGCUUUAAAAAUUGAUGACACUGAAGACAUACGAGGAGCCCUGUCCAACUGUAGCUUAGCUGACGUCAAGAAGAGACCAGGUGUGGUUAUGAUGACCACUACAAAUCUCGCCUACGUGGACGUUGCGCUGAACAUGCUAGCGAGUGUCAAAAGGGUUGGAGUUUGCAUCAACACGACAAUCAUCGCAGAGGAUAACAAGGCUUAUAGCUUGUUGAAAAACUACACUACAGGUGAUCCAGCAAUUCAUGUCCAGAUAACCAACUCUGGAGAAAUGGACACCAUUGAGCACAAACGUACUCACAGUAGUCAGUACUACGGCAUUAUGAACAAGCGACAGGCCUACUUUUUGUCUCUUCUUGAGAAAGGUUUUGAGGUUCUGUUUACCGACUCUGACACGUUUUGGUUUAGGGAUCCCUUUCCCUACUUCAAAGGAGACUUCGACAUGUUUCUCAGAGGCACUACUCCAACCAGAAUAAUAAAGAGAACUGAUUUCUGCGCUGGUUUUAUAUACCUGAAACCAACCACAGCGACAAUCCAGUUCGUGAAAACUUGGACGCAAGUUAUGGAUAACAACAAGAAAAAAGGUUCAUAUACGCCUGAUCAAAUAGUGAUGAAUAGACUACUAAAGGCUGACAGACCUGUGCAUAUUAAUAUCAAGAUGCUGGAGUCAGACCUGUUUCCGUGGGGCCCUACGUUUUUUAAUCCAUCAUGGCAAAAGGAAAACCACUCGACAGUAGUUAUGCAUGCCUCUAGCAUACGCGGCCAUCCUGCAAAACUGAAAAAGUUCAAGGAAUUCGGUAUGUGGCUUGUCAGUGUCACAAAAUAAUUUACCUGGGUUGAGGUAAAGGUAACUCCUCUGGAUCAGAGAUUAUUAAACCGUGAAAAUAAGAACACGUUGUUAUAUCUUUAGCUUCACACCUUUCUCGUCUUUUUAAUUUUUGCGCUUUUAAAUUAAAAUACAACACAGAAAGUUGGAAAAACAUGAUUUCGUGGGUCGUAACUAGACAAGUGCUUUAAUCAAUGACUUAUCAUUAUUAAGGUUUGAGUGGUUUAUUUUGCAAUGUUUUAUUCAGGCUUUCAGAUCCUCGAGUGUUCCCUUAUGACUUUGAUAAGUUUUAAAUUCACAAGUAUUUUUACUACUUGCAGAACUAUAAUGCAUAUUUGCAAAAAGGUAGAUUUUAUAUUAAACUCUGGGUUGCGUAUUUCUUGGAGUUCUUGUUGCUGUGUUACGUUCCAAUGGCUUAGACUUACUGUUUUUCUUUUAAACGCAAGUAAAGGGAGUGAUCCCUCGUUUGAUGCUCAGUGAAUGAAAGUGUUUCAAUUGUUGUCUCAAAUUAAACAAUUUAAAUGUAUUACUUUUGUUCUCAGAGAUAUUUUCACGAGGCAAAGUAGGGUUCACAAGCUGAAUAGCGCAUCCCUAGAAUAAACAAUGCAUCUCCCUGCAUGUGAGACCUCAUAGCUACAGUGCAUUUAUGUUCAGGAAGAGCGUGGAAAAUGUUAAAACUUUUAAAAGGUGCAGUUUUCAGCGAUAUGUCAGACAAAAAUGCUGCACGAAAGGUCCUUAGUAAUAUUUUAUAUUAUGGACCGUAUAAAUGCUGGAUGACGUUUAAUGUGACUAUAGUUAUUUAGAUUAGUUGGGGUUUUUGGCGACUCCGCCAAAACUUCGAAUUCCCUACAUUUUUGGGUUGAAUAUUUGCAGUCAUCUUGAACUGCGUCUCUAAUUAUUGGAAGCUGUUUCUCAAAAAAGUAUUCGACUGGGUUGAUUAUUUG